AUGAGUAUCCAUCCGGAUGUGGACAAGACAAAUUCACACCUGACCUGCAUUCCACUGAGGAAGACAGAAAAUGACCAUGCACAGAAACUGUCAAUCUAUGGGAAAUCCAGGCCUCUGUAUUUCCCUUCUGUCACAGUUCCCAACUUAUGUUUUCCGCGAGAUCCCCCGCCACUCCAGCCGGGGAAAUUCGUUACUUGCUCUUAUAGAAAUUCCUCGCGGGCGGGGGGGAAAUGGCUUUCAGACCCCACUGCGCUGCGCGAUCGUCUCCCGGGCUCUGGCAAGGGCCCCGCACCUCGGCUGCGGGCCUCGGACAGCGCUCCCGCGCGGCCGGGCCACGGGUCGGGGGCCUCUCACCCGCGUCCACGUCCCCGGCCGGGACUCGCCCUUGGCCGCGCCCGCGCUGUCUCCUCUCCCCGAAGCCCCCCGCGCUCCCCGCACGCCCAGAUCCCUACUCACCCGCACCGCCGCCGCCGAGCUCCUGCGGGGUCCGGACCGCUCACUCUCGCUUUCGUUUUCCCCGCGGGCUCCGCCUUCCGCCGCGGCCGCCCGGCCCCCUCCCGCUCCUGGAUCGCGCGAAACUGGAACCGCGCGAAACUGGAACCGCGCUCGGAGUUCGCGCCGGACGCGCUGGCACCCACGUGUCGUCCGGGGGCCACCAGGCGCGCAAGGACCUUCCUACCCUCCGACCCGGGCUCCCGCGUCUGUUUCUGCCCCGCCCCCGUGUGCGAGAUCCGUCAGCGGGAAGAAACCGGACACACCCAGGGCCCCCAGCGCCCGCGGUCGGCCAAGGUGGAUAUUAUCCGUUCCGUUUCACGAUCAAAGAAACUGAGUAAAUUAACUCGCCCACAGUCCUGCUGCUCGUAAGUGUCAAAGCCAGGAUUCAACUCAAGGUCACGCCUGUAAAACACCAAAGUACUUGCCAGCGCCAUUCUAAGCACCAGCCACCUGCUCCCUGUGGGACCGCGUGGAGUUUGCCUACCAAAGCCCCACUAAGUAGUCCUCGAUUUGUAAGAAACAG